GUAAGUUGUGAGCCCUAAUUAAAGCACGAGCCUGAAAAACAAGAAAGAGUAAGGCAGAGAGAGGAUAUAUGAUGGAGGAGAUGAGGAAGGCCGCAAAAGCUGUAUAUGAGAAGUCCUCAUAUGAAGAAAAGGAAGAGCUGAACAGGCUGUUUAAGAUAAUGGACAGAGACGGAGAUGGCAAGAUAAGCUUUGCAGAGUUGGCAAGGUUCAUGGAAUCCGCUGAUGCCCACACACGCGCUCUCUUCAACCUCGCCGAUCAAAACGGCGAUGGCUUCCUGCAGUUUGAUGAGCUUUUCAUGCUGUCUUACCUUUGCUCAAGUGGCAGGCCCCUGUGUGAUGCCUGUGGCGUUUUCAUCGUUGGCCUGUUCUUCACUUGUACGCACUGUCGUUUAACCAACCUUCCUGAGUGUCGUAGUUAUGAUCUCUGUAUUCCAUGCUACCGCGAGACAAAGUUUGAGCAUGAGCAUACUGAGUUUGACGAUAACUACACACUCUUGUUCAAGAUGCAACACUUGCUAUUAUCUGCAUCCCAGGCAUCAACGUCGUCUGGUGUUGGAAAAAAGGGGCAAACGGAGGCGUUGGAGACAUUAAGUAGUAUGGCAUCUAUUGUGUCAUUUAUGGGGGAUUUGGCAUCCGUGUUUCUCAGUUAAUCCAAACUGAAUCGAUCGAAUUCCUGUUCGCUUCUGUGCUGUGUCAUCCGAACUACAUAUUCUGUUUGAAUGUGAUGCUGGGUUGUUUUUGUCUUAUGUUUUCUGGUGUGUCUGUUAGCUUUUGAUUUGGCAGAGUAGCAUCUGUCGACUACGUAGUGACAACUUUAUAAACGUGCUGCCCUAGAAUUCAAAUUGCAGUUAUGCAUCUUUUCUAUUAUUUAA